CUCCUUUUCAUCCCCCCUUCCCUCAAUCAAAUGAAUCCCUUUAACACUACAUUUAUGUUCAGUUUUGCAGUGCGUAGAACUUUGAACUACGAUAUGGAUUACGACCAAAGAUCAGAGGCUCUCUCUGGCCCUCACUGGAAGGGUGAUGGCUAUUCAAUAUCGUCAGAUAAAGCAUGUCCUGCAACAUGCAGAGUGCCAGCCAAGGCUCUAAAUAUUAUAUGGGGCAAUGAUCCCCGGUUUUGGCAAUGGAUCAAACUUUCAGAAUUGGAAACAAGGUCAGUUGGUUUCGACGAAGGUGCAAGGCUCCUUCAAGUUAACUGGAUUGAGGUCACUGGGAAAUUACCCACAGCUAUGUUCAAUGUUGCUUCAACUACAAAAUACGAAGUAUAUUAUGUCAUGAAAUUUCAGGUUGAUGCAUUUGGUUGGCAUUCUGUUCCAAUCAAGUUCAAGGUAAGACUCAAUGGACAAGAGACGGUGAAAAACUUUGUACUCGAGUCUUACAAGGAGAAACAUGAUGUGUGGCAUGAGAUCUGCGGUGGCGAAUUUACAGUUUCAAAGAAUGCAGCUGGAGUUGUAGAAUUUGGUAUGUUUGAAGUUAAAAGUGAGUGGUGGAAGGGUAGCGUGGUUCUUGCAGGUAUCAAGAUUAGGCCAAAAGAAGGUUAAAAGGUGGGGAAUGUUUUUUUUUUUUUUUGUAAGAGUUCUAAAUCUGGAAAUUUAGGCUAAUUUUAUGUUUUUCUUUUAUUUUCUUUUUGAUGAGCUGUGUUGUUUGACAACAAACAAUAAAAUAAAAAUGACUCUUAUCGGUAUCAAGUCCUGUGAUAAGGGUUUGGCAGGCAGAACAAGCUCCAUAUUGCAUAAAAGUAAUCCAGGAUUCUCUUUUUAUAUUCUCAAAAGUCCGGAAACCAAUUUGCAUUCAGGGAAUAUAACUUUAAUGGAUGCUUUGUCACAGAAUAAGUACUUUUUCUUUUAUAUUGUAUGCAAUAUGUAACUUUUUACUUUCUUUGAUUGAUGAAUGUUGAUGAAAACAACCUCUGCAUCAUCAA